GGCCAUGAGACACUUGGAAACAAGCUCUUCAUACGAGAGUGCUACUUCGAGAUGAGACGGAAAAUUGCAGAGGAUUUCAAAUUGGACCCAGAGACGCUAGAGGGCAUGGACACCACUCAAGGAUGCCAUCAAGUGAUCCUCACAGGUACUCCAGGGAUCGGGAAGUCCUGCUUCGCAUACUUCUUACUU